GGACUCCUCAGUGCUUCUCAUCGAGCGUUCGCAGUAAGAACAAUUCGUUGUUGUGUCGGUAUUACAAAGCGUUUGGCAUCUACGUUUACUUUAAUAUCGAUUAGCCAUUAGUUUACUUUUGAUAUUGACAAGUGAAGUUUAAAAAAAUCAGUUAAAAAUGGUUUCCGGCGGUAUGGCGUGCGUCAAGUACCUCUUGUUCCUGUUCAACUUGAUAUUUGCGAUCACUGGAAUCAUAUUCAUUUCCGUGGGCGCCAUUAUACUUUCACUGUACAAUGGCUAUAGCAAUUUCGUUGACAAUUGGUUCUUCGCUGCGCCAAUACUGAUGAUCGUCGUGGGCAUCGUCGUCUUCCUGGUGUCGUUCUUCGGCUGCUGCGGCGCCGUCAAGGAAAACCACUGCAUGAUAAUCACGUUCUCAGUCCUCCUCUUGCUCAUCUUCGCCCUGGAACUCGGUGCUGGUAUCUCUGGUUACACGAUGCGUGGGGAAGUUCGCACCAUGCUGGAAGAACGUUUGAACGCCACAAUGUUCGAGUACAAGAACAACGAGGACGUUGGCCGAUCCUGGAAUGCUAUGCAACAUGACCUUGAAUGCUGCGGCCUUAACAGUCCUCUUGACUGGAACCACACUGGUCUCUUUCCCGGAAAUAACCUUCCUGAUUCAUGCUGCUCAGAAAUUCCGUCCACUGACAAGUGCGAUUCGAAUUCCGUGAACGUGUAUCCUAAUGGCUGCAUGAAUAUAUUGCGUGACACGAUUGAGAACAAUGCAUUGAUCCUUGGCAGCGUUGGCAUCGGUAUCGCUCUGAUCCAGCUGAUCGGUGUGAUCUUCGCAUGCUGCUUGGCUCGUUCGAUUCGGCGCGAGUACGAGACCGUCGAGACAACAGCUCACUGAUCGGCUAAAGGAAGCUAUUAUCAUGUUAUUGUCCCCAUCGUGCAUUCGUAGAGAUACAAAAAAAAAAGAAAUUUUUUUUUAAUAUAUAGAUAUACUCAUCGCUACCAUUUUCUCUAUCUCUAUCGUUCAAUGUAAAAUGUCUUCUUGUGUUGUUGCUUUAGUCAAUGGUUUCUGGCAAUUACAUUAGGAUUCAAACGUACGGAGGAAAAGUGUAAAUCUUUGAAACAAAAUUUUAUACAAAUUAUCCAUACACCUUCAAACUUUUGUAAGCUUUCCGUUUGUAGCUUAGAAACUUAAUGACAAGGACGAUGAUUGCGUUCCGUCAUCCGUGCUCCGUCGAGUUGCAUUUACUGCCAAAAAAAAAAGAAACUGCCAAAAAUGAACAAUUUUGACUGAUAAAGAGAAAAAAAGUCUUACCGAACAUCAACCACGCUCUGUUCCUCCGUUACGUUUGAAAGCGUCACAGUGUUAAGCAGCAACGAGUCAUUUUUUAUUUUCAAUCGAGUGAACAGAAGUAACAAAAAAAAAGAAUUGGAGAAUCCAUAAAAGACUCGUUGCUUGUAGGAAACAUUAAACGUCAAACAUACUGUACUGUUUUUCUCAUUAGAAUUCUGAUAGCUGUCGCGCUCGAACUUUUUUUUAAAUAUUAAGGACCUGCAUUGCAGUGCGAGGGGAGAACAAGAUUUCUAAAUAACACAAUGGAUGUCACAAAUCCCCACUAAACGCGAACCGACAGAAAACUCAAAUGAGUUAUAUGUACCAUAGUGUUAUUUUACGAAAAAUCAGUAAUUUCAAAAUCUACUCUGACCUAAUAGAGCGAGCGAGAGAGAGAGACAUACUAUAGUAAAAAGUGCAAUAUAUGAUAUUUCAAUUGGCUAAGAGUUUUCAGCAGACUUCGUGAACUAAAUGUAGCGAAGCCAUUACUGGCCUGUCGAUAACAAAGCUCCGCGUGUCAGUGAACUCGUAUCGAUCCUUCUUUACUCGCAAAACCGUUUAACAUAAUUCUCAGGUUGCACGCUACGCCGUAUUUGCCAGAAGCGUCGAUCGUAUUUUUGCUUGGGGGACCAAAAGCAACGUACGCAUUAUUCUACGUAAAGUUUCCGUUGCAAUUGAGCAAAAUUUGAUAGUCCAGCGUGAGUCAAUAUUGAUGAUGCGACAUAAAAAAAAAGAACAAUAUAAACUGAUAAUAAAUAAUCGACUUCUCGAAGUGUACUGUAAUAUUUUUUUUUAAAAAGCGCCUAAAAAAAUGUUUACGUCACCGAGCAUUGUCGAUUUAGCAUAGAUAUAUUUGCGUAGCGUGGCCGUUGAAGGGAAGAUAAAAUGAUAUCGCUGCAAUGCUGGUCAAGAAUACUAAAAAAUAUAUAUAUAUAUAUAUAUAUAUAUAUAUAUAUACAGACUCAUGCGUCAUAGAUAUUAAGUCGGAGUGUGCCUAACGACAAAGAAAACGGAAAAAGAAAUUGUAAGCUGGGUGCCGCGUCUAAUGAUGAUUCAUUUAAUUGACUGGUACGGCGCGUCGUUUGAAAGUGUUUUUUUGUUGCUUGGCCGAAGGAGGGAGAAGUUUAAAAAUAAAAAGAGUCCUGCUGAAUAUAUGUGAGUUAUAAAGAAGCGUAUAGGAAUAUAAUGAUAAUUGUAAUGCGCAAGUAAUUUAUUUAUAAUCGUAGCACGUGUCCAGAGUAUUUUAAGCUCCAGGUUUGGUUGUGUCCGAAGGAAGUAUAAUAACUGGAAAAAAAAGUAACAGGUAUGGACGAAACUAGAGAAACUGUAGGAAUGAGAUGAAACAAAGGUGGCUCUUACCAUUUCACACAAAGCGGAGAAGACUGAACCUGACAACAACAGUAUGAUAAAAUAAAUUAAAAAAAAAAGACAAAAAGGCGACUGCUAUUCUUGUAAUCAGUAUUAAUUAUUUACGAGCGCACAGCUAUAUUUAACUGCAAUGCGCGUUCGUGUUUCUUGUAUUAAGGUAGCUUUUUUUAGAAAUUUAAAAACUUUUACGUGAAAUUGGAUUUUUUGAAAAAAAUCGAUUGGUGGUUAACUUGUUUCUGGGAGCCAAUGACUCGUCCUUAGCACAUAUAUGUGUCUAGAUUUACUAAUAUUAAUAAAUUAAUAACACCAAGAA